AGACUGUGGAGAGUGAUGAGGAACCUAAUAUAGCAUUUCCUGUUUGUUGACUCUAAUGGGCAGAAGUUGCAACGGCCACAUCCUUUCAGACUUCACACAUUGAUCUCAGAUCAGUUUCACUCUGCUACUACAUUCUAAAUGGGGAAAGAAAAGCCAAUGUGAAUUGAAUGACACAGGAAGAACAUUCAAAAUUUGCACAGUUUAAAUGCACUGGACUGUAAAAGCUCAGAAAUGUCUGAUGAUAUUUAUGACGAUGUGAUCAUAACUGAGUCUGAGAGAGUGGAGAUGACGGUGGCUAUCUAUGAGAGUGCAGACUGUGUGAGAGAUCAUAACUUCUUGCCAGAGACAAACAAACACUGUCCACUUCAGCAAACAGGAUGUGAUUGUGUAAAGAACCGAAGCUCCAGAGCAGCUGCAGUGUGUUUGGUGCUGCUGUGUGUUCUUCUGCUGACUGCAGUAAUAGUGCUGUGUGUCCACAUCCAUACAAAGAACACAAACUACACAAAAGAGACACAGCAGCUACUAACCAAGAUAACCAACCUCACAAAAGAGAGAGAUCAGCUACUAACCAAGAACAUAAACUUAACAAAUGAAAGGGAUGGAUUAUUAACUAAAAAUGACAACCUGACUAAACAAAGAGAGCAGUUUAAUCAGGAGAGAAAUGAACUGGUGAAGAGUCUUCACGAAACAGAUGGAUGGUCAUACUAUAAAUUUAGUUUGUACUUCAUUUCCUCUGAGUGGGAGAGCUGGACUGAGAGCAGAAGAUACUGUACAGAGAGAGGAGCAGAUCUGAUCAUCAUAAACAGCAGAGAGGAACAAGAUUUUGCAAAAAAGGUUUCCCGUGGUUAUGAAUUCUGGAUUGGUCUGACUGACAGUUAUAAAGAGGGCAGAUGGAAAUGGGUUGAUGGCAGCACACUGACCUCUGGGUUCUGGGGAUCUGGAGAGCCAAAUGGACAGAGAAGAGAGAACUGUGUUGUGUCUUAUCCAUCAGGGUGGUGUGAUUAUCCAUGUAAUGAUGCUUUUAGAUGGAUCUGUGAGAAACAAAUCUUUAAAAAAAAGAAAUUAAUUACAUAUUCAUUCAACAACCAAUAUAUUAAAUAA